AUGAUCUCUAAAACAUUACGCGCAGUCAAUGCGCAGCAACCAAGACUAUUUUCUUCGAGGGUAUUAAAUUCGAAGUUUUUUUUUCAGAGACAUUUUUCUGUCAUCCCAGAUAUCCCUAAAAAUGAGAAUACUGCUAAUUUGAAAGGUACCUCAAAACCUUAUGUACCCAAGUUAGCUUCUCGGUUUUUUCACCAAAGCUCUCGCCUUUCGCAAAAUAAUUCAUCAAAGCCGGAUCCCAAUACUAAGGAAAAAGGAGAUGACAAGAAAAACGACGAUAAAAAGAAAAAUGACUGGGGCGGUGAUGGAAACAACAAAAAGGUAUUUGAAGUAGCUUUAAACGGAAAUACUAUACUGGGUAGUAUUUUAGUGGCUUAUGUUUUAUACAACGUUUUAUCGCCUGGGGCAAAUAUGCAAGAAAUCACUUGGCAAGAUUUCCGUCAACAGUUUUUGGAUAAAGGUCUUGUUGAACGGUUGAUAGUCGUCAACCAAAACCGCGUCCGCGUUAUUUUACGUGGAGGUAUGCCCAAUGCAUCUGGUCAGUACUACUUUUCAAUUGGAUCAGUCGAGUCUUUUGAUAGGAAACUUGAGGCUGCUCAAAAGGAACUUGGGAUUCCAUCUUCGGAAUCUGUUCCUGUAGCGUAUCAUGACGAAGUCUCCUUGCUUGGUACUUUACUAUCAUUUGCCCCUACUUUAUUGAUUAUAGGAAGUGUCAUUUACUUGUCUCGUCGCGCUUCUGGUGCCGCUGGCGGAGGCCAAGGUGGAAUUUUUGGAAUUGGAAAGAGUCGCGCAAAAAUGUUUAAUCAUGAAACGGACAUCAAAACUAAGUUCGCUGAUGUCGCCGGUGUUGAUGAGGCAAAAGAAGAAAUUAUGGAAUUUGUGAAGUUUUUGAAAGAUCCCGCAUUUUAUGAGCGUUUAGGUGCGAAGAUUCCUCGUGGUGCUAUUCUUUCUGGUCCUCCUGGUACUGGUAAAACGUUACUUGCCAAGGCUACCGCUGGAGAGGCCAGUGUUCCCUUCCUUAGUGUUUCUGGUUCCGAAUUCUUAGAAAUGUUUGUUGGUGUUGGUCCAUCUCGAGUACGUGAUCUCUUUGCAACUGCAAGAAAGAAUGCACCUUGUAUUAUUUUCGUAGAUGAAAUUGAUGCUAUUGGUAAAGCGAGAGGUCGUGGUGGUCAAUUUGGAUCAAACGAUGAGCGUGAAAGUACACUGAACCAACUUUUGGUGGAAAUGGAUGGUUUUACGCCCAGUGAACAUAUUGUUGUCUUCGCAGGUACCAAUCGGCCUGAUGUCUUGGAUCCCGCUUUGCUUCGACCUGGUCGUUUUGAUCGCCAAGUUCAUAUUGAUCGUCCCGACAUUGGUGGACGUGAACAAAUAUUUAAGGUCCAUUUACAUCGCAUCAAAGCCUUUGAUGAUCGCAACGUGGUUGCUAAGCGUUUAUCUGUGCUUACUUCUGGAUUUACUGGUGCCGACAUAAUGAACGUUUGUAAUGAAGGUGCUUUGAUUGCUGCUCGUGGCGGUAGUGACAGUGUUCAAAUGGUCCAUUUUGAGCAAGCUAUUGAGCGUGUAACUGCUGGUUUGGAAAAGAAGAGCCGUGUCUUGAGCCCUGAGGAGAAAAACACUGUUGCUCAUCAUGAGGCUGGUCAUGCUGUUGCUGGAUGGUUCAUGGAAUACGUUGAUCCUCUUUUGAAGGUAUCUAUCAUUCCAAGAGCCCAAGCUUUGGGUUAUGCUAGCUACUUGCCAAGAGAUCAGUAUCUUAUGAGUAAAGGCCAAAUAUUAGAUCAGAUGGGAAUGGCACUUGCUGGCAGAGUUUCAGAAGAAAUAUUUUUUGGAACAGAGAAGAUAACUUCCGGCGCGUCCGACGAUUUCCAAAAAGUGACUCGAAUGGCUCAGGCAUAUGUCACUCAAUUUGGUAUGUCUUCUUCUGUAGGCACUAUUUCUUAUCCUAUGGACUCUCGUGAAAGUGUUCAAAAACCAUUCUCGGAAGCCACUGCUCAAAUAAUUGAUGAAGAAAUAAGAAAGCUUGUCAAAUAUGCAUAUGAGCGUACCAGAACACUACUCACAGAUCACAAAGAAGGGUUAGAAAACAUUGCUAAACGCUUGCUAGAGAAGGAAGUUAUUACAUACAGUGAAGUCGAAGGACUUCUUGGUCCUAGGCCCUAUGCUCAUCGCCAUAUGGACAUUUCAAAAAUAAUGCGCCAGUAUGGAAAUAAUAAUUCAUCUGAUCAGCAACCCUCCCCUUCUGCAACUCCUUCAAGCAACUAA